AUGAAGAUUUCCACAAUCCUCGUGGGAGCCAGUCUCUGGGCCGCUUCUUUGACUCCAGCGUCGGCUGGCCUCAUUUCUCGCGCUGAUACGUUCAACAAUCCCCUCAUUUACUCAGACUUCCCCGACAAUGAUGUAUUCUUGGGUCCCGACAACAAUUAUUACUUCUCCGCUUCCAACUUCCACUACAGCCCUGGAGCGCCGAUCCUACGUUCAAAAGAUUUGUUAAAUUGGGACCUUGUCGGUCAUUCCAUUCCUCGCCUCACUUUUGGUGAUGGCUAUGAUCUUACUGGAAACCAGCGUAGCUACCGUGGUGGAACUUGGGCUUCGUCAAUGCGGUACAGAAAGAGUAAUGGUCUGUGGUACUGGAUUGGAUGUGUCAACUUCUACCACACUUGGGUGUUUACUGCGUCAUCACCUGAAGGGCCAUGGACUAACCGCGGCAAUCUCGGCGAUGGAAACUGCCACUAUGACAAUGGUAUCUUGAUUGAUGAUGAUGAUACUAUGUAUAUCGUGUCGGGCUCUGGGGAUGUCCGCGUCGCCCAGUUGUCUCAGGAUGGGUUCAGUCAAGUCAAAUCGCAAAAUGUUUUUAGCAAUAAAGACAUUGGGAAGGAAGAUAUUGAGGGCAAUCGUAUGUACAAGAUCAAUGGCCUCUACUACAUCCUCAACGACAGUCCGAGCGGCAGUCAGACUUGGAUCUGGAAAUCGAAGAGCCCAUGGGGUCCUUACGACAAGAAGCUCCUCGCCGACAAGGUCACGCCCCCCAUCAAUGGUGGAAAUUCUCCUCAUCAAGGUAGUCUUGUCAAGACUCCCAAGGGUGAUUGGUACUUUAUGUCUUUCACUUGGGCAUACCCUGCCGGACGUCUUCCAGUACUAGCACCUGUCACCUGGGGUAGUGAUGGCUUUCCCAUUCUCACAAAAGGUAGUAAUGGAGGUUGGGGAUCUUCAUACCCUACUUUACCCGGAACAUCAGGCGUGACAAAGAAUUGGGCAAGAACUGAUACCUUCUCUGGUACAUCUCUUAGCCCCUCUUGGGAAUGGAACCACAACCCCGACACGAACUCCUUCACUGUCAACAAUGGCUUAACUCUUCGCACAGCCACAGUGACCAAGGAUAUCUACCAAGCUCGAAACACACUUACUCACAGGACCCACGGUAACCGCCCCGUCGGAAUCGUCAAGAUUGACUUCUCCAAGAUGAGAGACGGAGACCGUGCAGGUCUCUCGGCUUUCCGUGAUCAGAGCGCCUAUAUUGGGAUUCAUCGCACAAACGGACAAUUCACUGUUGCCACUAAGCAUGGAAUGAGCAUGGACGAAUGGAAUGGAGCGACAACUAGCAUGGGAGAAAUUAAGGCCACUGCUGCUGUGCCUUCGGGAAGGACCGCUGUUUGGUUCAAGAUUCAAAUGGAUACUGAUCCUGCUGGAACUGGAAACACGGUCUUCUCAUUCAGUUGGGAUGGGUCCAAGUACGAGACUCUCGGCCCCAACUACAAGCUUUACAACGGGUGGGCUUUCUUCAUUGCCUAUCGAUUCGGCAUCUUCAACUAUGCUGAAAACUCCUUGGGUGGAUCAAUCAAGGUGGAAUCUUUCAGCGCGGCAUGA